GUCCCAAGUUAACAACUGUUUUCACCUUGGAUUUUCUCUGCGGAACCUUUCACUCUUGAAGGUGCUAGUAAUUAAAGAUUGUCCAAAAAUAAGUGCUUUAAUAUCUUGUGGAAAAUCCAAACUCAAAGAAGGUACUUUCCUUCCUAAAUUGAGAACAAUGACACUUCUCCAUCUUCCUGCAUUGAUCAGUAUUUCCAAUGGAUUAUGCAUGGGUCCAAGUUUAGAAAAGAUUGGAAUUUAUGAUUGCCCGAAGCUUCAUAGCCUUCCAAAAAUGUUACUGUCAGUUCAAAAUUUGAAAGUCAUUAAGGGAGCAACCAAGUGGUGGGAGGCAUUGGCAUGGAACAAAGAAGAAUGGGGAAUAAAGGGUCGGCCAUAUAUGUUCGAUUCCAUCUUUUCUCCAAUUGAUGAACAGGCUGACAUUAUGAGCCAAUUGGACACGGAUGGUGAUCAGACCGUGAAAACAUGGAAAAAGGUAUCUCCAUCUUUUGAAGAUGGACAUAGUUGGAGGAAAUAUGACCAGAGAGUCAAUAUCAAUUCCCUAUUUCCAAGAGAAUAUUUCAGAUGCACACAUAAAUACCGUCAAGGUUGUCAAGCUAUCAAACAGGUGCAGGGAAUUGAUGAGAAGCCUUACCUUUACAGUAUCACCUAUAUUGGUGGUCAUACUUGCACACAAGCCUCCAAUGUAACAGAUUCCUCCAUGAUUAAUCAGGCUGACUUAACGAAUCAAUUUGGAGAUGAUAUCGAUGACAAUCCAGAGUUCCCAAAUUCAUGGAAAUCAUCAAUUCAAAGUGGUGGCUUGGUCCCUCCACAUGGAGCCUGUUGUUUUCAGCCUUAUGACGUCAAUCGAUGCCCGGAAGUAGGCCCAACGGGCCUCGUGAUUAUCGAGCCGUGAAACUACAAUUGGGAAGAGAGUGGACGAGCAAUGGUGGGAUGAAGACCGAGGGAAUAACUCACUGAAAAUGCAAUGUUUGAGGAAAAAGGAGAAACGAAACUUCAAUAAUUAAUUUGUGUGUGAUGCGUCAAAAGAAGCCUUACAACCCGCUCCAAGUCUCCAGACGAUGGAUACAGUUGGAGGAAAUUUGGCCAGAAGGACACUCUUGGAGCCAAAUUUCCAAGAGGAUACUACAGAUGCACUCACAAGGGUUGCCUAGCUGACAAAGAGGUGCAGAGAGAUGACGAGGAGCCUAGCCUUUACAAUAUCACCUAUCGUGGCCGUCACACUUGCAGACAAACCUCUAGUGCAACAAAUUCCUCCAUCAAUAAUGAGGCUGACUUAAUGACUCAAUCUAGGGUAGAUGAUGAUGAUCUAGUGGGAGGAUCUUUGGGGACCAAAAGCCAGUUACUGACAUAAGCAGCAGGCGAAGUGACGGUCGCAUAGUAGCUUCCCGUGUAACAAAUUCUACUCCAAGUUUCAGUGGAAAUCAGAGGGGCAAGUCAGCCUCCGAUUCAGAUCUAGAGUUUCUUCAAUGGGCUUAUCUAGACUUAAGUUUUGACACAGCACAACUAUCCAGUUUUGUGGAAUUUGAUGACGACUUCCUUGUCGACAACACCGAGUGUUGAGCUGAUUAUGCUGACAUCUAAAAAUUGUUUGAAAAGAUGCAUUCAUAUUGUCCUC